GCACAAGAUUCCCGUCUGCCUGCAACGCACCGAGGCGAGGCCUGCUUCUUCCUCAGCGAUUCGGAGCCCUCUGCUCUGUACACCGUCGCGGAGAGGAAGGAACGCGCCAGAAGCUGGAGCGCGCCGCUGCACUGCUCGAGCCACACGGAGCCCGAGAGCAGACUUUAGAAAUCGGUAUAUAUGGGGGCAGGCGGCAGAAGAGAGGCUCGGCAUAACAGGCAGCAGAAGAAGCAGCAGCUGAGGAUCUGGAGGAGCGCCGCGACACUGCGCCGGCCAGCUUGCUGCUGCUGCUGCGCCCAGGGUCUUCUUCAUCGCCAGGUUUAGGAGGUGGAGAAGCUGGGGACAAGUUUCCUUGUAGUGAUUACAGAGCAGUCUAUGCAUAAGCUGCAUUUUGCCUGAAAAGUCAAUUCAUCAAUCAGUAGUCAAAGAUAAAUCCAGUGCAAUGUCGUUGGAGAACAGAUCUAGCUCGGCUCUGUUCAAGAGAGCCGAGCAGCUCAAGAGAUGGGAGCAAUCGGAGACAAACAGGGAACCACCUCGCCCCAGGCAGGUGACCAGGAAGAUUAAGUUUUCUGCGGAUUGUGUCUUUUUGGCUGCUUGUGCGGCAGGAGACAAAGAUGAAGUUAUCAGGCUACUGCAGAAAGGAGCUGAUAUCAAUACUGGGAAUGUUGAUGGCCUUACUGCACUGCACCAGGCCUGCAUCGACGACGACCUAGACAUGGUGGAGUUUCUGGUGGAGCAAGGCGCAGACAUCAACCGAGGCGACAACGAAGGCUGGACGCCUCUGCAUGCGACCGCUUCCUGUGGCUUCAUAUCAAUCGCCAAAUACCUGAUAGAGCAGGGCUGCAAUUUGGCAGCGGUCAACAACGACGGCGAACUCGCCCUCGACAUAGCCGAGAGCGACGAGAUGGAGGAGAUGCUUCAGAAGUACAUCGACAAAGCAGGCAUUGACUGCGAUCAAGCAAGAAGCGAGGAGGAGAGGCUGAUGCUGAGCGAUGCAAGAGCCUGGAGAUCUGGAGCACCCGGAAAAGACGCGAUGCAUCCUCGGUCCGGAGCCACAGCACUACACGUCGCCGCUGCCAAGGGUUACACUACAGUCAUGAACAUCUUGCUGCAAGCUCGGUGUGAUGUUAAUGCGCGAGACAACGAUGGAUGGACACCACUUCAUGCUGCAGCGCAUUGGGGCCAACGUGAGGCUUGUAGGCUUCUGGUGGAGAAUUACUGUGAUAUGGAUAUAAAAAAUUAUGCUGGCCAGACUGCAUUUGAUAUAGUUGAUAGUAGUAUUUUAAACACCUUUGAGGAACUAAAAAAGAAGCAAGAGGUCUUAUUAAAAGAUCACCCCCAAAUUAUUAACAAACAACCAGCGAUACCAAAGAAACGUGUAUCAACAAACAAAGAGAAUUUAGUUAUUGAUCAAGAAGGAACGGAAACGUAUGUAGAGGAAACGCCAAACAAAGUUAAAAAAGUCGAACUGGAAAUUCAAUCCGAUAAAGAAGAGUCGAGCAUCGGGACGAACAGUGACGUCGAAGAGGGAGUCGAUACCGACGUGGAUGCAAGCGAGGGUGAGAGUGAAUCUGAGACUAGCUCAGAUACACAAACCUCCACGUGUUCUGAUCAAUCUAAUAAAUCAAAUCGAUCAAACAACUCUACUUGUCUUACCGAUGAUGAAAAGAAAAAUAGAGUGAAUCGCGAAGAAAGAGCCUCGCAUAGUCCGCAGCCAUCGCUGGAUGUAAAUAAAGUUCCUAAUCAAGCACCCGUGGCACCACCGAAGCAACAAAUUGAGAACAACGAUGAGGGUUCUAUACCCUCAUGGCGUCGCUCGGGAUCCUUCAGGAACCGCGGUCUUGAAACAGAAGCAACCAAUUCAAUUUCUACGAGGAUUGAGGAACGUGAGAAACCAGUUAUAAAGACCCCACCUUCUCCGACAAAAGUUCCAGAGGAACCAGAAGUUGUGUUGAGAAGAACUCAUAGUUUUGAAACGGAUGAAAAGUUCUAUGAGCAGUACCUGGCACUGAGAGCCCGUAUCAAGGCAGCAUCCUGCCCUACUCUCCACCGCUGCAAUCCACCAACCCCUACUCAUAACAACGCCACGACCGCUCGAUCUGCAUCCUUGCGCGAUACUUACAGGAAAAAGGAGAUAAAAUUGAAUUUAGAGCUAACGCGAGUACCACAGGGCAAUAGUUUACAGUCACCAAGUCUGCCAAACAAGUCACUACCGACCUCACCCGUUUCAAAUCUUAGCGCUAAUGCCGUUAUCAGCCCACUACCGGCUAACCAGAUUCGCAGCAUAUCAAGCCCGGUCCAAGUAUCGCCAGCAGUUCUGUCUACGUCGAACAAUUCGACGACAGCACCUGCAACUCCUACCACACCUGGUGGGAGCAAGCUAAGCCCAGGAAAUAUCUUCAAAAAUUUCUUCAAGUCGUUCGUGCCACCGGUUCGUGACGAGGAGAGCGAGACGCAACGCAAGGCGCACGCGAAGCGCGUCCGUGAGACCCGGCGCUCGACGCAGGGCGUAACUCUAGACGAGAUCAAGAGUGCCGAGCAGCUCGUCAAGAAGAAGCAGCAGCAGAGCAACGAUGUCGCUGGCUCUACAGCUACCGGAACUACCACCACCGCCAGCGUCACUCAGGGCUUAGCUUCGGCCGGCAGCAACUCGACGACAACGGCCUCGAUCACGGCCACAAUAACCACAGCCAGCCCUACGACGGUCAGCGCCAGCAAGCCUAGCCCUAUCGCCAGUAGCACCUCAACAACAGGAACCACGGCAAUACAGUCGCAACCAUCGCUGACUACGACGGCGACCACGACGACGACGACGACGACGACGACGACGAGUGCGGAGGUCGAAACGAAUCUGCCAGAGCGCCGGCCCUCCUGGAGGCUCAAAGUAGACAGCGGCAGCAAGUUCCAGCUAGAGGACGCGAAUAACAGAUCUACGUCAGCGGAUACGACGACGGCGUACAUAAGGCGGCCCACCGGGGGAGGUGGUGGCGGUGGCUCGACUCUACCUCGGCCUAGCUCGGCUCCGGUCGAUAGCAUCGCCUCCAGCACUGCUGAGACGACGGUUACCCUGCCACUCAGACGACCGCUCAAGCCACCGGAGGAUAAAGAGCAAGAUAAGGAGAACGACAGCCGAAAUGCACAGGCGACCCAGGCUGUUAUCCAAAGGAGGCGGAGACCAAAAAGAAGAUCCACCGGAGUCGUUCAUGUCGACAUGGACGAAAUCGACCCGGAAAAGCAAGACAUCCCGGCGAGUGGCGAUUGCGAUGAUACCAAGAUCAACCAUAAUGAGAGCGGACACGAGCGUUCGGGUCGCUCGAGCAGGCUGGGCUCGGUUUCCUCGCUGAGCUCGGAGACGGGCGGUGCUACCCUGGGCCGAACGAAAUCCAGCAGUGGAACGACCUCCGAAAACGGUGAGCUCGACUACAAGAAGCUGUACGAGGAGUCGCAAGCCGAGAACGAGCGGCUGCGCGAGAAGCUGCGCAAGUCCGACGAGUCGCUCAAGGAGACCCAGAGCCUCCUCGAAAAGGCCCAGAGCAAGAGCUCGCUCUCCGAGACGGAGAAGCGCGAACGCCGCGCUAUGGAGAGAAAGCUUUCCGAGAUGGAGGAGGAGCUCAAGCAAUUGCAAAAGCUCAAAGCUGAAAAUGAGAGAUUGAAAGCCGAAAAUCGGGCACUUACCCGCGUGGUAUCCAAACUCACCAAUACUGCUAAAUAGAUGAUGGAAACGCUCAAGUGCGAAAACCAGAGGCUAAAGGACGAAAACGGUGCCUUGAUCCGAGUUAUCAGCAAGUUGUCGAAGUAGACGUGUCGCGAGGUGGACACACGCGCGGAUGGCCAAAAAAAGAAAAUACACGGUAUUUUCUCCGUCGUCGAUCAGCCGAGCAGCAGUCGCGGGGUGAGGAAAAAAACGGGAAAACUUAAAACAGGGAGAAAUAAUCUCACAUGUAACUGCCGACGCCGUUUCUCCCGACUGUUUUAUAUAAACGAGCUGCAUAUGAGCCGAUUGCAAACGAACGAGAAUAAAUGGAAGGGAAUUGGACAGUGAGGGAGAGAUGAGAUGAAACGAGUGGGCGGAGAAGCAAGCAAUUAUCUUUUAUUAUUAACAAAACGUCACUAUUCGCGUUAACAAUAACUGUCGUCUUUAUUGCAAAUGGAUUGAUCUUUUUGUGUUUAGUAAGUUAAUUUAUUCUAUAUAGAUGGGGGAAAAAUCAGUUGCUCUCGUGGCUGUGUCAGACAAUGUAGAGAGGGAGACAAAGAGUGUAUAAGACGGGAAAAAAGAGUGAGAAGCGACGCGCCGAACCGCUUUAUUAAUUGUCAAUUCUUCAGCCUUAUGAAUAAAAUCGUCUCGUGAUCGGUGGGAUGUGAAAGUCCCUGUGAAUAUCAAUUACAUGGUCAUCGUUGCUAGGUUUACGGUACAUUUACAGUCACAGAUCACUGAAAUGAGAUUUUUUUACAGCAAUUGUCACGAAAAACUUUGCAUUUUUAAAGUUUUCGAUCAAAAGGGUGAGUAAGUGUGUGAUUUUAAUAGGCAGGAAUAAUAGAUAUAACCACCUAUGUGAUGCAGCUUAAUCAGCUGAGUUGACUUUUGCAUCCCUUUGAGUGUACAUGCAUUUGUGGUUUUCCGAACUUUUGAUAAACAUAUAAAAAGAUAUUAAAUUUAUUUUACAUAUUUUCAUUAUUGAUGCUAUUAUGAAAUAAGUCUUUAAUGAAUUGACUAUGACGUCGUUCAUUUUUGUUAGCUUUUAAUGUCAGUUUAUGUAUUAGUUCAAUACAUUUACAUUUGUUAUAAUAAUAAUCGUUCAAAUGAUAUAUAUUUAUAUUAUUAAUGUCAGUAUUCUGAAAUUGUUAAAAAUUAAAAACAUUUUAAUAAUUUGUUUUUGAUUGGAAUAUAUUUAAAGACUAUAAUAUGAACGAACAAAAAAAAACUAGAUAUAUAGUAUUUUAAAAAUAAAUUAACGAAAUGGGUUUUCAAUCAAUUAAAAAAAUGUUUAAAAUGUGUAAAAAAUUGCAGUAUUGUUGUCAAUGGAAAGUCAAUGGAAGUAUUAAGUUUCAUAUGCGAUCGUCGAAAAUCACGUGUAUGCACUCUCAAGAUCUAUGUAAUUUCAUUAUGUAAAAAGGGAAAAUCGACAAUACUACGAAUUUAAGCUUAAUAUGCGUUGAGCAUCCGUAGAAACAACGCGUAUGUAUAUGUUAUCAUUAAUUCUUUGAGCUAGAGUUCGGCACAUGUUUUCUUUUUUUUUUACAAACACAAAGAAAAAAAGAAACAGUAGAAGAGGUGAUAUUGGUGAUGAUUUUUUAUCAACUGCACUCGUAUAAAAGCACGCAAAACGUUUUCGUUGUCUGCUUUUUGUCUUGUACAGCACAUCCGUGUUACAAAACACGUAACAAAGGAAUUUUGUGUAAAAGAAUUUAAAGGAUAUGAGUAAUAAUAGUAAAUAAUGAUAAACUCCUGCAAUAUGUAUUUCGUGCGUUUUCAUAUCGAGUUUUACUCGAUGAAAGAAACUCCAAAAACUAUCUCUUAGAUAAUCGCAUUAAUUAUUAUAGGAAUGCCACGAGUUUAAAACUUUCGUGUUUCGCAUUCGCGUAAAAUGUAGAGAAGAAAAACGGGAGAUACGAAAUAUAUGAGAAAAAUAAAAUAAAAUGAAGCGAAUCGCCCUACAUGGGAAAACGCCGAAUCGAUCGGACGAAUUGUACAUUUUUUGUGUAACGAUUAAGUAAUGAAGAAAAUAAAAAAACUAAUGAUAUCUUCGUGAGUCAACUCUGAGCGUGUAAGGUAGAAUCGCAAAGCGUGGCCUUUAUUAAAAAAGACUGCUAUUUGCUAUCAAACUUUGUCACUUCAAUCUCAAGAUUUUACACGAUUAAUCAAGACAAGAGUUUGAGAAAAAAUGUUGAAGUCCCGGAUUAACAAAUUUUAUUGGAUAAGACUACGUCGUGAAUUUGAUUAAAAUAAGCGUAGCUAAAUAUUUAACAUUGUUCGGGUGAAUAAUCCAACAAAAAUAAGUAAUCGGUGACUUAUUUGAAUAAUAAAUCAUGUAUUCAUUAAAUAUUUCACCAAUUCUAGUAAAAUAUGUAAUAAAACAAAGUAUAUUACACUUUAAUCAAUAACGUAGAAAUAAUUUGAUCCUACUUAAAUACGUUAAAAUACGCUUUUAUUUAAUAGGAUCUCAUUAUUUUAUGGUAAUUUAUUUUGUUUUAACAAUUUACGACUACUUGUUAACCUAAACAUCGAGAUUAAAGGUUUAUACUGGCGAUUCAUAUUUUUCAUUAUAUUUUCUAAUCAGGGAUCACGAAUAUACACUUUUUCUAAAGAAAAAAAAAUGAAUUAACUGCGCUACUACUUGUGCGAUAAUAUAUAUACAAUUGCUUUGGAAAAGUAUUUUACACAGAUUAUUGUUGUAACAGGUCUACAUACUGUGUUUUCUAAUGCAAUUUUGCAUGUGCGACCAGGCGAAUCUUUUUAAACGCAAGUAAUUUUUGAAACUUUGAUAACACUAUUGCGUGAAUGUUGCUCACCCGGUUUUUGUCUGGCCUCGUAUGGAGAUGCGAAGAUUGACUACUGAUUCACAGUUGACGUUUUUUUUUUAUGAUAUUGUUGUAUACAAUUGUAUAAAAAAUUAUAUGAGCCUAGUUGUUUCAUAAAAAAGAAAGUUUGUUAAACGAAUAACAUAAAUUACGCGUAACCAUUUCUCUUAGCUCGGCACUUUUAUUGCAUUGUAUAAUAGUGAUAUCUAUGUGCUUAUUGUAUUAUAUAGUUUAAAAAAGCGUUCGGGCGAUUUAUGUAUGGAAUAAGUAUUUGUUGCGGGUUUCGCAGGUCGAUCUUAAUCAAGAGCUUGCAAGAUUUUUGCUUUUUUUACGGCCCCGACAUAUUUGUUCUAUUUUUGAAAAUUUGUCAUUCAAUCGUAUAGUAUAAAAAGAUAUGCAGAUAGUUUGAUUACUUUAUGUUUAUGCAGAGGAUUCGAAAGUAGUUAUCUGACAAGUCAAUCGCAUAAAACUUAGUAAAUAAUCUAUUAGUUUUUGUUUCCCUUAAGACAUUUUUUUAUGUCACUUAAGCCAAAUAUGAGGCAUUUAUUACAAGUACGAUCGCAAAGUUGAUUUGAAAUAAAGAAUUGAAUAAAUAUUGAAAUAAAGAAAAUGAAAAGUACGGUCUUUUUUGAUUCAGUUAAGAUCGACACCUGCCAAGUCUCGUUGAAGUCACAUAUAAUGAAAAUAAAACGUAUGUUACACCGAUGCGACUUUUUAGCGCAAGCAAACAUUGAACGAAAUAUCAUAAAAGUAUCAGAUUCAUAUGUUCUAUCUUCUCAAUCAUAAUGAUAAUAAAGAUCGCAUACACAUACAUAUAUACGCUAUACUAUAAUUGCGAGUAAUAGCAUUAUAGCUACACUGGGGGACUGAGGACUCUAGUCUCCAAUUCAUUGUACGAGAAAUAUUUAUUUCCUACUUCAUUUUGUACUUGUAACUAUGAACGAUAAUGCAAUUAAAAAUUUUGAACAUGUGUCUAUUA